AUGGGUCACACACUGACUAAACAAGAUGUGGUGGUUAAUACGGAUAUUGAAGCAUUUCCUAUAGUUUGGCUUGAUAGCCAAGUAAACAAAAAUCAUAACAAUCUAGCUGCUCAAAAACAAUUGCGUAAAUUGGAUAAAAAUCUUAAGACAUUUGACGAUGAAGAGGAAUGUCACAAAUAUAUUGUGUCAACGUUGGCAGACGAUCGAAUUGUGUUUAUUGUUAGUGGUCAACUAGGACAGACAAUAGUACCGAAAAUUCAUCAACUUCCACAGAUUAUAUUAAUCUGUGUGUAUUGUAUGAAUGCGGCACUAAAUGAAGUUUGGGCAAGACCAUUUGACAAGGUUAAAACUGUUGCCGAAAAAUUUGCUGACAUUAUUACAUGUAUCGAAUCAGUCCAACAGAAUAUUACAUUGGGAGCAGCUACAUCUACGAAUAGUAAUAUCAAUGUUUACACUCAUUAUUGUACGGCAAUAGAUGAUCCUUUUGACAAUCCUCUUUCCUUUCUCGAAUGUUUCCUUCGCAUAGAAUCAAACCAGUCAGACAUCACUGAGUGUAUUGCAUAUUGUCGAAAUAAAUAUAACCAAAAUCAGCACGAACUUGAUUUAAUUCAAGAGUUCCAGCAGUCGUAUACAUCAGAACGUGCAAUAUGGUGGUAUACAAGACAAUCUUUCGUAUUCAGGAUAUUGAGCGACAUUCUUCGAAAAGAAAAGACUUAUUUAAUCUAUAAGUUUCGUUUCUUACUUCAUGAUAUUUAUCAACAAUUGAAGCAGUGUCAAUGCCAGUCGCGCAUACAAGUUUAUCGAGGACAAUUGCUACCCGACCAGGAUAUCACUUAUUUCAAAACAUUAAUUGGCAAGAUUAUUACCGUCAAGUCAUUUUUUACGACAUGGUCAAAUCGAAAGCAUGCUCGAUCUGGUUUGAAACCUUCGACAAGCAAUUCGAAACAGGUUCUAUUUGAAAUCGAUGCUAUUCCUGGAGCAGCCAAUUGUAAACCGUAUGGUGAUAUUAGCUUGCAUAACUCUUUUCCUAAACCAGGAGAAGUAUUAUUUAUGGCUGCGUCUAACUUUCGCAUUGACACUGUACAUUAUGGUGAAGAUCACAUGUGGAUUGUUCGAAUGACAUUAGUAGAUAAUGAUUCACCUAAUUGGAAAGAUUUCUCACAACGAAUUGAUAUCAUGGAAAAAAAUGUUGGUGGACUUAAUCUUGCAUCAUUUGGUACAAUAAUGCGUUGCAUGGGUCAUGUCAGUAGAGCCAAAAGCUAUUGUUCUUGCUUAUUCGAUCAACUUUCUUUAUCGAAUCCAUUAACAGCUGUUGUCUGCUUUGAACUAGCUGAAAUAGCCUUAAGUGAAGGUGAUUCAGAUGCCAAUAAAAGUUGGUAUAGAAAAGGAACUCACAUCAAAAGAAAAUAUAGUGUACAUGGUGAUCUGAAUUAUGAAUCGAAAUCGAAAGGCUCUACUUUAUCCCGAUCUGUCGACAGUAGCUUUAUUGCGACACUUCAAAAUUCAAGCGAAGAUCUUGAUAGCACCAUCAACGAAGCGAUGGCCAGUCAACGUUUUACCAGUGUUCAAUUGGACAAACAUCAAGUUCGUUUUUCCAUUGAAGGCUACGAAAAGGUGCCUCUUGUUUCACUCGAAGAAGCAAUGGUACCGCUACUUGGUGUUCUUCCGGACAUACAACAAAUGGUGUGUAUUGCCAAAAUGAAAUGUGAACUGCCAACUGAUGGUCUAACAUCAGAUCAAUCGGCUGCAAUCAUGCUGUAUACGAUGGAAUGGGAGCCAUCUGAAACAUGUCUCUAUUUCGUAUUGAAUUCAGCCUUGCGUACGGCCGAUCGAGAAGUAGUGAAACCCUGGUUUCUCUAUUUAAAACUGAUUUUUACCGCUUUAUCACGUCUACCAUCAAAAUCAGGAACUUUUUUUCGUGGUGUGAAACUCAAUUUAAGUUCACAACAUCCUCAAGGCGAAACAUUCUAUUGGUGGAGUUUUUCGUCGUGCACAACAACAAUCAAUGUUUUAACAUCGGAUCAAUUUCUAGGUAGUUCAGAUAUACGUACUCUCUUUGCUAUUGAAAGUACGAGUGGUCGAGAUAUUAGCCGACAUUCUUACUAUCAAAACGAAAAGGAAAUCUUACUAUUGCCCGCGACUCGAUUUCAAGUAGUUGGGCAUCUACCAUUUACAUCAAAUGUUCACAUUAUACAAUUAAAAGAAAUCGAAUCUGAAUUUCCACUUCUGAACCCUAUUUUGUAA